UAUCGUGUGAUAAACACAGAGGGGUUUAACAUGGGAAGAAAAAAGUCACACCAAGGGAAGUUUUUGCAUGAUAUUUGAAGCUGGGUGGUGCAAAUAAACAGUUCACUUUUUCAGUGUAAUAUUUAGAUGUGUUACAGUUGAAAUCGGAUCUUUAUCUUUUAAAGCAAAGAUUUGCAGCCAACUUUAAUCUUGGGGGAAGGGAGGAAGCAAGAGAGAAGUAAAACUAGUUCCUGGUUAUGAUUGUAUACACUGAUUUUAAGAUGGUACACCUACACCAUCGUGAAACUCUGAGGUCUGUGUUGUUAGUGAAAGCACUUUCUGUACCACAAGCCUUUUCUUGAGUUCUGUUUCCCUGAUUACUGCUUUGGAGGCCUUAGCAGUCCUAGCAUCAUCCGUCUUGACCUUUUACAAGUAUGGAUUUCUUUUAUUACUCGCGCAACAAGCACGAGCAAGAUGCACUGAGGCCCAAGGUAAACUUCGUUGUACUCAGCAUGUACUCUUCUUUACGGCUUGAACUCCCAGUGACUGCAUUUUUCUCUGUCAUCAGAAUAUAUUGGUUAUAUCAUCAGUGUAGCCUUGGAACAUAAAAUACAUGCCUCCUUAACUCGGAAUUGACCAUUGUAACACUUAAAAUGCUAAUUUUCCAGGUACAAAUGAGAAGGAGAGUUAGGCAAGAAAAAGUGCAGUCCCACGCUACCUUAAGUACCGCAGCACGGUGCAUCUUGGAGGCAAUGGAGAAGCUGUCAAGCCCUUUGAUGGAUGCUAAAAAAAUGCCACCUCUUUUGCCGCUGAGUUCUCCUCCAGACAUAGAUGAACUGAAUGUUCCUGACCUUCAGCCCAAACGAAGAAAGCUGGACUCCCAGAAUGAGUCCCCGCAUCCACCUGUAAAGAGACUUGUGAAACCAAGGUUAAACCUUCAUUCAAUGCGUCGGGUCCGGUAUUCUAAACCAGCAAAGACUUCAACUCCUGAUUCCAGCAAAAUUUGCAACGGAGUAGACACAAAGUACCAAUGGAUGAGAGAGAAGACUUCGCCUGUGAAACAGCAAGCAGAACAAUGUGGAAGCUACAGAAAUGUGAGCGGUGUGAAAUGUGAAACUACGAGAAAUGUGACCAGCUACAACUUCGGUACUGCCGCAUCCAAUGGUCUGUCCUCAGGAAUGAGUAGUGGAGGCGGCAAAAUGAGAAGGGAAAGAGGAUUACACUAUUUAUCCAGAUCUGUACAAGAACAGGAAGUGGAGGAACCAGUGCUACCGAAAAUCCCCCUACCCAUCGGUACUGCGUCGCUGCCUCAGUUCAAUUUUAGUUUUGUUGGUAGUAGUGCUGUCUGGGCGUCACCAAGCGCUGUUUCAACAGCUGCAACGAGCAUGGCAACUCCAGCAGCUGCGACGGGCAUGGCAAUUCCAGCAGCAGCAAAGGGCGUUGCCACUCCAGAGGCAGCAACGGGCAUUGCAACGCCUGCUGCAGCGCUGGGCAUGGCAAUGCCGGCAGCAGCGACGGGAAGAGCGAAUCCAGCAGAAGCAAAAGGCAUGGGAAGCCCUGCAGAAGGAGCUGGCCUGGAUAAUCGAGCGGCGAAAACAGGAAUUUCAAGAAGAGUGGAAGCGACAGGCACGGGCCAUGGAGAAGCAGCGGGAGAUAUGGGAAGUCGCAAAGCAGAUGCGGUUGCAGGAAAUGCAGCAGCAGGCGAGGGAAACCCGGCAGUAGCGCCGGGGGUGGGAAAUCCAGCUGCAGCGCCGGGGGCGGGCAAUCCAUCAGCAGCGGAGGCGAACAUGACAUAUCUAGAGGAGGAAGAGGAGGCGGAGGAAGAGGAGGUAGAACAAAUGACAUACUCAGUGGCAGGGGGGAGCGUGACAUAUCCAACGGUGUCGGCGGGCGUGACAUACCCAGCAGUGGCGACGGGCAUACCUUAUCUAACACUGGCAAAGAGCAAGACAAAUUCAGCGGCGACGACUACGACGAGCAUGACAAAUUCAAUGGCGGCGGGAGACAUGGCAAUCACGGCGGCGGGCCAGCGAGGAGGUUGGGUAUGCACAAGAGGCUGGGAGGGGACCCAGCCAGGACAACCGACCCCAGAGGACCAAGGGGAUACUCCACACCAUUUAGCAUCAUUCCCAGCAAUAAAUGAUGGGGGAAAGAAGGGGAAGGAGCUGGGGAUACAGCCAACAAGUAAUGCUAGCAGUCCUGCGUUUGCAUUUUCAUCUCCAAUUGUGAAGUCUACGGAGGCAGAAGUGCUAUCUACAUUUCCUAAAACUUCAUCACGCUUGGAAGAAAAAAACAUCUCAGCGAAGUAAAACAGAAAACUUGAAUUGAAGCAUAGUGGUUUUAGAAGAGUCGCUUCAAAGACUUGUUUAAUUAAAAAGAAGAAAGAAAGCAAGUUCCUACUGCAAUCCCAUCUUCGUCAAACUGAUGGUGGGCACCAAUACAAUGUGUUGAGCUAAUACAGGCUGGAAGUUGUAACUGCAGCUGUGAAGUUUACCCAGUAAAAAGACUCUACAAGGCAUUCUAGCAGUUCUGAUGCAAACACAAGUUCAGGAAGCAGUGAUUCAUGGUUAACACAGCAGAACAGGAAGAAGUCUGGCAUUCACUGUGCUCUUACAGUAAAGAACCUGCACUGCACACACCAUCCCAAUCCAGGUAUGCACUCCUAACAGGAAAGGGAAAUAGGCUAAUAAAUCUCAGGAGAGGGAAAAAGACGUCAGAGAACUACUUCGUAACAGCAGCACACAGACUGCAAUCAACUUUCUCUUCCUCUCAUCAUUUUCAUUUAUGUAGACUACACGAGAAUACACUCCCAACAUUUUUCAGCUCUGGAGAACAAACAGCCCAACCAACCUCAUUCACUGAACUACAAAACUGGUAUCUGCACUAUCCAGUCCAGAACAGAAGGUGCACGUCUCUAUGCUGUACAUUAGAGACCUUAAUAGGCAAAGUCUGCAUAAAAUGGGUGGCCACAGCCUGAUUUUUUGAUGUUUAUAGACUUGGGUCAUACACCACCACAGUGUCAGACUAGAUGAAAUCGUCUAUCUAUGUGGGCCCCUCAUUACAAGUCACAUGUUAGGGACCAGCCUCUCAAAGGCCAAAAAACAGCACUGAUACUUCACAUUGUUUCUGCUGGGCCAACACAUCUGUAGCACUACCUUUUCAGCUGACAACACAACGAGUGUUUCCACAAAGUACUCGAUGCAACCUAACUACUGUGUUUGGUGAUGCAAAGCAAGCCAUGUCAAAGCAGGCACACACCUGGAAGCUGCCUUGCUGCUCACAUUGAAGAAAAUAGAUUAAAAAAAAAAUCGCACUACAAUUGAAGUGGCAUCAAACCUUGUAAGGCUCUGAAGCUUCAGCACUGCCAUCCAAAUUCAAGGAGGCUGCAUCUAUUACCUUGAAUCUGCCCCAGCUCAAUCCCCUGAAACAAUUCCAAAUACACAUACAAGCAACCCUUUUCCCACCCAGAUUUUCUUUGCUUCAUCUAUUCCACCUCUAACUCCUGUCUUAUUAAUCUGCCCCUCUAAAGACUCACUGGCUCACACAAGGAAGCAACCCACCAAGCCCCUGAUUCCCCGCCACAUUGCUUCCAUGCUUUGGGAAGAUCUAACUGCAACGGCUCAAACUGUGAUGCCACCUCACCCACCUCACCCCCUCCGCCUACGUGAGGUUCCUUGCCUUCUGUCUCUUCCUACAUGUACACCGGCACUAGAACCACGAAGAACAUGUUUCCUGUAACACUCCAAAAGCCUUUUCUGUUUCAGGAUGUUGUCAUUUCAAUUCAGGACUGAAAACACUCCUAGCAAAAACCCAACAGCUAAUAGCAAACAGAAGCUGUUUCUGCUGAUCAGCUAGAAGUAACCUCUAAGUACUGAGGAGUCACAAAGGAGAAUUUGUAUUACAUUCAAGAACAGCACCCAGCUUACGACUGCUACUUUCCCUAACUACACUAAGCCAUAAGAAUUUGAUUCUUACCUGCCAUCACAGUAAUUAUGGUUUAUAUUGCCCCCAAAACACACAGGGCAGUACCAAAGCUGUGUCGGCUAGGUUUAACAGCUUCCACAGCUAUUAAGUACAGUAAUUUCUGCUUCCUUUUUUUUCUUGGAAGAAUAUUCUUUUGUUUCCAGCCUCAGUUAAUUAUUAUAUACACUGUUAAUUAGCAACUAUUUCUCAAUACUCAUAGGGUUAUGGAGUCCCUAUGACUGGAAAAUACUCUACACCCUUCGAGAUGAGAACAGCAUAUAAAGGCAGCAACUUGCAAGACCGCUCUAGCUUCAAGCAAAGCUUUCCUCAUUGCUCUCGUCUCCUUUGACUUGAAUACUGUCAUCCUUCUACCAAAGCUUUAUAAACUUCAUUACCAUGAAUGAAGGAAGACCAGAGAAAUUAGAGAGUAGCAGAGGAUAUAACUUAAGGAGCUGUUACUAGGAUUAUUUUUUUUUAUUGUUCCUGGUGUUAUUUUUCCUUCUUUAAGCCAGCAAACUGUUUUCUCCAAGAUUUUUUUUGUUAGCUUAAGAAUAUGUAUUAUAUUGCAGCAACUUCUUUGCUGUAAGUCAGCUGAGAAGUCUACCAGUAAGAAGGUCAAGGGAAAGCUGAAUGCUGAUGCAGAGUGCCAACAGACUUCAUCCUCGUUCCAUGGGAUGUUUGUAGCUAUGGCAGUUCAAGUCUACGCUUCCAUAUGCUUAAAAUACCAGAUUUAGAAGCCAAUUUCAGCUGACCUAGCAGAUAUCAGCAGUACAGUUAGAGCCAGCAGCCUGCAGGAAGGAGCAGACAGGUGCUCCACAGCAAGGCCUGAAAGUGUCUCCCAUACACACUUCCAAUCUAAGCAAGCACAUGAAGGGCUUGGCUUGUCACUUACCUAAGUGACCAGGAAAACAAGUGAAAACGAGAUUUCGCUUGUGUCCUAACACCCAUAUAAAAAUAAAGGCAGAUGAAAUACCCUUACUACCUUGUUAAGUUUCACAAGCCAGAAGAGAACGUGCUGCACACAGGUACAAGUAAAUCCCUUGCUGGCAGGUUUGCAGAAACAAAUUUUUAUUUACACAGGCAAGUCUAUCUUUAGACCCCAUUUAACUCUUUACAUUUCUAGAAUAUUUACAUGAAGAAGAGAGUGAUGAACAAAAAGAUUACAGAAACUGUCAAAAGCAUAGCAAAAAAAA